AAUGCAAAUUCUAAAAACAAAUGAAACUUUAUAGUCAAAAAAAGAGUCAGGAAGAUAGAGAAUUGCUAGAGAGAAGAAUACAGCAUGUAGCAGAAGCAGCAGUACAAUUGGCCAAUAAAAUACCUUCAGUAUCCCAUGCAUUGAUGCGACAAGCAUUGUGUCAUAUAAAUGAUAUUGAUGGAGAAAUAAACAGUGAACAAAAGUUCCUCCUGUGCCCAAAUUGCGGAGCUGUGAGAACAUUCGGAAUCAAUACAACCGUCAAAUGCCAAAGAUCCAAUCUUCAGCAACGUAGAAAGUGCCGAAAGAAAUGUAGUAAACAAAAAAAUAAAAGUAGAGCUUUAGUAGCAAUCAAUGCUCCAGUACAAUCGCAUAAAACAGUAGUGAUGUAUCAUUGCAAUUUGUGCAAAAACAAAGCAAUGAUACCAGGAGUACAACACACAAUACCAGCAAAGAAAAAUAGGACAGAAAAUAACAUUAAAGAAAUGUGUCCUAAAAGAAAAAUCAAGCUUUGACAAUCCACGGAUGGACAAUAGCCUCCCUAGCAGAAAUACGCUUCUGAGGAUUCAAUGCAAGCAUACGCUCCAGCAAAUCCAUACAAUCACGGUCGACCUUGUUCAAACACUCAACAAGGCAAGAAGAAGUGCGAAUGUUAGGUAAUGAUGGAUUCAUAAAAGGCAAAGAUGUCAAGUCAGGCCAGUCCUCUUCCUUUGGAGUACCGAACCUUCGGAACAUCGCUAUCAACAAAGCAAACUCAGUGCGCUCCUCAAAUAUUGGCUUGCCUGUUAUCAACUCAAAUAGAACACAGCCCAGUGACCAUAUAUCAACCGAAAAUGAAUAGUGGAAGUCACCAAGCAAA